GCUCUAUAAUGGUACAGUCUAGUUUAGUUCAGAGGUCAGCGUGCCAAUUUGUGAACAUUGCAUUAUUGCAUUGCUGUUUAUUCCUGUAUAGCUGGUCUUUGAAACCGAUCUCUGAGUAAGAUUUUGAAACCAGUAUUUGCAGAAGGAGAAGGAAGAGGUCGUUGAGAUGUCUGUUAACUACGCAGCGGGGCUGUCUGACUACGAUCACAAGGGGAAAUGUGGUCUACCAGAGAAAUAUGACCCUGCGGAGGUGCUUGCGGAGAAGGUGUCCCAGCUGGUGGACAUCGUUUGUGAGUCCCAGCACCUGGUGGUUCACACAGGGGCAGGCAUUAGUACAUCUGCAGGGAUACCUGACUUCAGAGGUCCCAAAGGUGUGUGGACUCUGGAACAGAAGGGUGAAACUCCCCAUUUUGACACCACCUUUGAGUCGGCCUGCCCCUCACCCACACACAUGGCUCUGGUAGAGCUGGAGAGACUCGGCAUUGUCAAGUACGUCAUCAGUCAGAAUGUGGACGGACUGCACGUACGCUCAGGCUUCCCCAGAGACAAACUAUCUGAACUCCAUGGCAACAUGUUUGUGGAACAGUGUGACAAGUGUGGAAAGCAGUACGUCCGUGACACAGUAGUACCGACCAUGGCACUGAAGCCCACAGGUGGACAGUGUACACAGGUCAAGGCAAGAGGAAGGUGCAGAGGAAAGUUGCAUGACACCAUCCUUGACUGGGAGGAUUCCCUACCAGACAGGGACCUGACACUGGCAGAUGAACACAGCAGACGUGCAGAUGUUGCCCUGGUGAUGGGGUCAUCUCUGCAGAUUGUACCCAGUGGAAAUCUGCCCCUGCUCACCAAGAGAAGAGGAGGCAAGCUGGUCAUCAUUAACUUACAGGCCAGCAAACAUGACAAACAUGCUGACCUGCGCAUUCAUGGCUAUGUGGAUGAAGUGAUGUCCAUGGUGAUGAACCGGUUGGGAAUAAACAUUCCAAAGUACACAGGACCUAACACUGUUCUUGAGUCUCCUGCUCGACACAGAGUCACGCUCAGACCACUCAAAUGUGAACACACUGUCAACAACCUUCACAAUGGGCAGCCACAGGAUAAACAAGAUACUCGAAGUGAAAGUGCCAAUACUUGUGCAAUAAAAGCAGAAGAAGCAACAGAAGCUAAAACAGACAGCUCAGGGGUAGAGGACAGAGUAAAGAUCAGUGUAGACAGGGACAAUGAAGCAACAGUUUCUGUGGGAUCUAGUGCCAGUAACAGUUUAUGUUCCAGUGAUCAGUCCCUUCAGAAAAUAGAAGAGAGAAUCACUAAUCAUGAAACACCUUCAACAAACCUUCCAGAGCAGGAGGUAAUGCUGAACUCAUCUCAGCACACAGACAGUGCUGUGGCUACUAAAAGGCUGAAGUUAGAUAGUGAAUAGAAAGAUGGUCCUUGUGAUGUUGUUUUUUAUGUUAUACAUAGUUCGAAGCUCAUCAAGAUACUAACAUAUCCUACAUACAUGUACUAGUGGUAGCACUUGAAGUUGUAUUUUUAGGCCAGACUGACAUUGAUCUUGAUAUCAGUUUGUUGUACUAAGUAAGACUUAAUAAACAUUUUUGUAAUGUCGGGAA